GUGUCGUGCUUAAAGUAGUUUCGAUCUCACUUAGUCCACUCUCAGAGCCACACGGGAAAGUUAAUGAGCAAGAAUUAAUCAAUAGCUCCAUUAACUAUAUACACACAAUUUGACAUUGACGAGGACAAUGGCAGCUAGAGAUUGGCGAUAGCGUAUUUAUUAUAGCACAACUGUCUCGGUCUUCCUGCAGGAGCCACAAAACUGUGAAGAAAGGGUUGAGCUUUGCGUAUCUGUCAUUCUGUCUUGGUCUUCCUGCAGGCUCUGCUGCAGCCACAAAUCUGUGGGAAAAGGCUUGAGCUCUGAGUUCCUGUCUGCGAGUUACGUGGGGCUAAGCGUUGGUGGAUCCAUGUGGCCGGAGAGCCCGCUUCUCUGGGACGCCGGCGCUGCCGUGCUCACCGGAUGCGUCGCCAUGGCGGUGCUCCGCUUCUGGGAGGAGGUCGGCAACCGCGCCCUCUUGGACCAAAAACUCUGCAGGAAGCUGGUGCACGUCAGUGUUGGGCUGGUAUAUUUCCUUAUGUGGCCUUUGUUCAGUGCAGAUGAUGUCUAUGCUCCAUUUCUCGCUUCAAUUGUCAUUGCGCUCAAUAUCAUAAAGGUAACCUUGAUUGGAUCUGGUGUAGUUAAAGAUGACGGCGUGGUUAACUCGAUGACAAGAAAUGGAGACUACAGAGAGCUUCUCAAAGGUCCACUCUAUUACGCGUGUACUAUAACACUCACUACCCUAAUCUUUUGGAGGACGUCUCCCAUUUCCAUCGCUGUGAUUUGCAACUUGUGCGCGGGGACGGUACUAGUUUUUUCUCAUACAAUUACACCCUCCGUCCCAUAAUAUAAGAACGUUUUUUAAACUGUUUUAGCUUGGAAAACGUUCUUAUAUUAUGGGACAGAGGGAGUACAUUUUUGUGCGGUACUGCUACGCAAUCCAAUGAUUCUUGGAGCGAAGGUUUCAGAAAACAGCAUGACUUUGUAUGCUGCUUCUUUCAGGUGUGGCUGACAUAGCCGGGAGGCGAUUCGGGCAUGUGAAGCUCCCUCACAAUCCCGACAAAUCCUACGCCGGAAGCAUCGCAAUGUUUUUCGCCGGCUUCAUAGCAUCGAUCCUUUUCAUGUGCUACUUCCACCUUUUCGGGUUCGUGGAGCAGAGCUGGACCAUGGUCGCUGCCUUCGGCAUCACGUCGCUUGCAGCGGCAAUUGUCGAGUCACUUCCUGUCAGCACGCUCUUGGACGAUAACCUGACGACUUCGAUCGCCUCUGCGCUCGUUGGCGGCCUGGUUUUCUACUAUGUUGGUGGUGGUGGCGGCGGCGACGGGAGCAGCAUCUUGGCGACUGCUGCGAUGGUCUUUGCAGGCAGUAGCUAGUACAGUAAGGGCUAAGGAGAAGUUGCAGUGAAUUGAAAGACUUUGGUGGUGUGAUGAUAUACUGCAAUGAGUUGCAGUUGCUGAGAUGGUCUUUGCAGGCUGUUACUGGGUGUUGGUUAAUCCGGUUUGUGUCUCUGAUAAAGAGCUCUGAAUUAAAUUUGGUUUGACAGUGUCAUUGUGUGAGCAGCAUUGUUCUAA